AUGUCGGACCUUAGACGAAUUGCUUUAUCCAACACAAAUAUCAAGGGGAUGGAGGCAUCACAAUUGCCACCACAACAGGGCAACACAACCCCAGUCCCAGGGCAAAUGGGCAAGACUGAUUCCGAAAUCAAUCUAACUCGUCCUGAAUUAUAUGGCAUGUAUGAAGGUGAUUCAUUUGUUGAUUUCAAUAAAGAUAUUGAUGAUUCAUCGUUACUUGAUCUUAAUGUGUUAAGCGCUGAGAAGGUCAAAGCCAAUGGAAAGAAAGCUGCAGUAAAGACUGAGGUGGCGCCUAAAUUGACAUUGUACUCACUUCCUUUACCUUUGAAAUUGGUCAUUGUUGCUAGUUCUGCAUACAUAUACAAUCAAGUUAUCAGACAUAUAAACUACAAUCAUUUUAGUGAAAAUCAGUUGGUUAAUUAUCCAUUAACAAUAACUCAUGUUUUCCUUUAUGCAUUUGUCUCAAAAUUCAAAUUGAGUAAUUAUAUUGAAAUUAAUGAUGAUCUCCUAAAUGCAGGUGAUGAAAUUUUGGCAUUAACUUUACAAGGGUUAUUAAUGGCUUCGUUGCAUCCAAUUUUGGACAAGAUAUUGCCUAAAUUUUUUUCCAAAAGAUUGCUUUCGUCAAACCCCAAUCCUUCUUCAAAAUCCAAUGUUUCUAGUGAUUUGAUCAGGUCAUGUAUCACUUUUUUGGGAAUCAGUUAUGCUAUACGUAAAAUAGAAUGGAGCAGUUUUCUUCAAGUUUCAAUCAUUUGGUCAUUAAUCAAUCCAGGUUUAUGGUUAUUGUUAGAUGGAACGAUUUCAGGAUUUUUGGCUUCUUUGAUAGCGUCUACCAUUGCCUGUGUUAGCAUAUACUCACAAAAUCACAAUUUUAUUAAUGGAUAUUCUAAAACUACUGACGAUGUGAUUGCAUUGUGGUUAUGGAUUGGAAGUUUCUUCUUUUGUGGCAUAAUCAUUUUUGGUAAACUUGGUAGAGGUUUAUUUGGAAACAAUUAA